AACCUUCCGCUUCAGCAGGGGCACCUUCAAGCGGCUCCGCGGCGCACCGGCAGCGGUCUCACCAGCUCCAGUCAAACAAGGGGAAAUAUCACACGGACACAGGCAUCAUGUCGUUCCUGAGCGUCAGCAGGUUAGCGCCGAAGCUGCUCUCUUCCAAGAGUGCCACCUCCUUCCUGGUCGCAGCCCGACAUGCCAGCGCCUCAUCCACAAAUCUGAAGGACAUCCUGGCAGACCUCGUUCCCAAAGAACAGACUCGCAUCAAGAACUUCAAACAGCAGUAUGGGAAAACCAACAUUGGGCAGAUCAAUGUCGACAUGGUCUACGGAGGAAUGAGGGGAAUGAAGGGUCUGGUCUACGAGACCUCCGUCUUGGAUCCUGAAGAGGGAAUCCGCUUCCGUGGCUACAGCAUUCCAGAGUGCCAGCAGUUGCUGCCCAAGGCUCCAGGAGGCGCUGAGCCGCUGCCUGAGGGUCUGUUCUGGCUGCUGGUCACCGGACAGGUGCCCACUGAGGAACAGGUGAAAUGGGUGUCCCAGCAGUGGGCGAAGAGAGCGGCGCUUCCCUCCCACGUGGUCACCAUGCUGGACAACUUCCCCACAAACCUGCACCCCAUGUCUCAGUUCAGCGCCGCCAUCACGGCCCUGAACAGCGAGAGCAGCUUCGCCCGGGCGUACUCCGAGGGCGUGCACAAGUCCAAGUACUGGGAGUUUGUGUACGAGGACUCGAUGGACUUGAUCGCCAAGCUUCCGUGCAUCGCAGCUAAGAUCUACCGCAACCUGUACCGCGAAGGCAGCAGCAUCGGCGCCAUCGACUCCAACCUGGACUGGUCCCACAACUUCACCAACAUGCUGGGCUACAGCGACGCCCAGUUCACCGAGCUCAUGCGACUCUACCUCACCAUCCACAGUGAUCACGAAGGCGGCAACGUCAGCGCUCACACCAGCCACCUGGUGGGCAGCGCCCUCUCAGACCCCUACCUGUCCUUCAGUGCCGCCAUGAACGGCCUGGCCGGCCCUCUCCAUGGUCUAGCCAAUCAGGAGGUGCUGGUGUGGCUGACUGCUCUGCAGAAGGAGAUGGGAGGAGAGGUAUCAGAUGAGCAGAUGAGAGACUACAUCUGGAACACCCUCAAGUCUGGACGGGUGGUGCCCGGCUACGGUCACGCCGUCCUGAGGAAGACGGAUCCUCGCUACAUGUGCCAGCGUGAGUUCGCUCUGAAGCACCUGCCCAACGACCCCAUGUUCAAGCUGGUGGCUCAGCUCUACAAGAUCGUCCCCAACGUGCUGCUGGAGCAAGGCAAGGCCAAGAACCCUUGGCCCAACGUAGACGCCCACAGCGGUGUGCUGCUGCAGUACUACGGCAUGACGGAGAUGAACUACUACACGGUUCUGUUCGGCGUGUCUCGGGCUCUCGGCGUUCUGGCUCAGCUCAUCUGGAGUCGAGCCCUUGGCUUCCCGCUAGAGCGCCCCAAGUCCAUGAGCACGGACGGACUCAUGACGCUGGUGGGCGCCAAGUCCGGCUGAACACCAGCCUGGUGAGGUCAGGUGUUCCCCAGGCGUCGGCCCCGCACCAUGACCUCCCUCCACCCCGAAUUGAAGAAAGAGACAGUCUGCUUUUAAUGUCAUUUCACGAGAGAAGGGCCUUCAGUAGUUUUGGUUGCAGCUUUGCCCCGGUGGCUGUUGGAAGAGCUUUGAAAGGGAAUCGUGGGAGUGAAUCCACUUCCUGUCUAUUUAAACGUCAACCCCGGGAGUCCUCCUGCGACUGCUCGUUCCCACUUUUCACUCCCAGUUAAGAACACUCCAGUUUGGCAGCAGUCGCCCCACCGACAAAUUCUCACCUUAAAUCCGACGCUGCCCCUUCAGAUGGUUCCUCGCGACCCGGUCCGCCUCUACGAUCAAAAUAACUCGAAUGUCCGUUUGUCGAAGUCAAACACAGUGACGGCCAGCGGCCACGCAGGGCAAACCUGAGGGAGACGCGCGGGCUCGAGGUCUGGACGCUUCCCACUCUUUUGUUUUGAUGUUCAUUUUUCCGUCUGUCGUCAUGGUGAUUAUUUAUACUGUGUACAUAAGUUCUGAAAUAUACACGUGGAUGCUCGCUGGAAUGUGGAGCGUCCAGGCUUUGGUCUGCUGUCCUGAAGUUUGCUCUGACGUGCUGCUGCUCUGAAGCUACACUCCAGUUUCUCUGAUCCUCUCGGUCCUGGGGCUCUGCUGGUCCAGGACUCGUGGGGACUCUGGCUCUGGUCUGAGUUGUUUAUUUUGGCCGUAGAUGGAGGUCAGUGAGUCACUCGGGGCUCCGACAUGAUACACUUGACAAUAAAAUGUAAAAUGACAUGAUAAUAAUAAAGCUUUUUAUUAAC